AUGGUGCUGAAUAACGCAACGUUAGCGUUGAUUCCACGACAAGCGUCGUUGUACAAUUUAUCACUGUUGAGCGAGAAAAGUGAGCGAUCAACGUUUUCUUUGUCGAAACAAAGUCCGACGUUUGCUCGUGGUCCUUUCGGAGGGGGUAUCGGUGGCAAUAAUUCGAAUUCGCAAAGUAAAGGUUUGCUAUCAAGUUAG